UUGAAGAUUAUUCCGGUCGGCAAUGGCGAGGGGCGAAAUCGAAGGCUGUUGCGAGGGUAGAAGAGCGGUUAUGCCUAAUGCACCAAAUGAAAAUCGCGAUGAUAUAAACAGGCUUAAGGCGUUCAAUGACGUUCUGGCUCGACUCCGCCAGUUGAAUGUUGAACAGGUUAAACUCCCUGCUUUUGAAGAUCAACUAUGGCUUCAUUUCAAGCGUCUUCCUUCCAAAUAUUCAAUUGAUGUGAAUGUAGAAAGAUCAGAAGAUAUUAUUACUCAUCAGAGACUACUUCAUUUGGCUAAAGACUCAGCUAAUAGACCUGUAUUUGAAGUUCGCCUUGUUCAGGUUUCUCCAACCCAUGUCACACAAAAGACCAAUUCAAAUUGCCCUCAACCUCAAACGAAGGAAGAAGUUCGGUCUUGUUUAGACAUGCUGCGAAUCCAUCCACCACCUACCUUUGGCUCAUCAACUAAUCUUGAAGCCCUUGGAAUUGAAGCCAACUUUGACGGUGACAAUGAAGAUAAUGUUGUUCAUUCAAAUUCAAAGUUUUCCAGGCCAAUGCAUGAAAUCACUUUUUCUUCCAUGAACAAUCCAAAGCUUCUCUGCCAGUUGACUUCAUUACUUUCUGAAAUUGAACUCAACAUUCAAGAAGCCCAUGCCUUUUCAACCACUGAUGGAUUUUCCUUGGACGUAUUUGUUGUUGAUGGGUGGCCUCUCGAGGAAUCUGAGAAGCUUACUGAUGAAAUCAAGAAGAAAAUCAAGACUAAGGCGGAGUUAUCUUCUAAUCAACAACCAUUCUCUGCUGUAACCAAACACAAACCAAAAAGAUCUGAUCCUUUUUCUGGUCAUGUAGAGAUACCUACAGACAAAGAUGAUGUUUGGGAAAUCAAUGUAAAUUUGCUACAUUCUGAAAAUAAAGUUGCUUCAGGCUCAUUUGGGGACCUGUAUAAAGGAACAUAUUGCAGCCAAGAGGUAUCCAUAAAAGUUAUCAAGCCUGAGCUUUUGAGUCCAUCUAUGCUGGCAGAGUUUGCUCAUGAAGUCUUUAUAAUGAGGAAAAUCCGUCACAAGAAUGUUGUGCAAUUCAUAGGUGCAUGCACCCAACCUCCAAAUCUGUGCAUUGUAACCGAGUUCAUGUCCAAACGGAGUGUAUAUGACUAUCUACACAAGCAAAAUGGUGCAUUCACACUUCCUGCUUUACUAAGAGUUGCAAUUGAUGUUUCCAAAGGGAUGAACUACUUGCACCAAAACCAUAUAGUCCAUCGAAACCUUAAGACAGCCAAUAUACUGAUGAAUGAAAAUAACGUUAAAGUGUCUGACUUCGGAGUUGCUAGAGUUCUAGUUGAAUCUGGGGUGAUGACUGCGGAAACUGGAACAUACAGGUGGAUGGCUCCUGAGGUUAUCUUACACAAACCGUAUAGCCACAAGGCAGAUGUAUUCAGUUUUGGUAUUGUCUUAUGGGAGCUUCUAACUGGAGAACUUCCAUAUGCCGACCUUAAGCCAGUGAAAGCUGCAAAUGGUGUAAUCAAAGAGGGUCUUCGCCCUAAGAUCCCUGAGACUGCACAUCCGAAGCUUGUAGGGCUUAUUGAGAAAUGUUGGCAUCAAAAUGCAGAUAUGAGACCCGAUUUCUCUGAAAUCAUAUCUAUCUUGCAGCAAAUAGCCAAGGAGGUCGGAUGUGAAGGAGAGGAUCGACGAAAGGAUAGGUCGAUUAGUGCAUUUUUCUCAUUGCUUAAACGGGGCAAAAACCGCAAUUGAUUUAUUUUUUUAUGGGAGUAUAAAACUAACAAGUUUAUUAUAAUGUUAGAUGGAUGGAUAUUUCUAUAUAUUGGUGUACAGUGUAUGU